GUUGUUCUUCACUCUUCCCCUCUGUCUUUCUCUCUUGUCCCUGGGCGCCAUCAAUCCUUCGACAUCUCUUCUCGUUCCAUUUCACCAUUUUAGGUUUUUUUCUUUACAGUGAAUCUGGGUUCACCAUCACCAGUGCUGGAUUUUUUUCUUCCUCUUCUCCUCUCUCUCUCAAUCCUUCGAAAAUCAAACUUCUUCCUUCGUUUCGCCACUCAUCCUUUUUCUUUCUUCUUUCUCUUUUUCCUUCUUCUUCCUCUCCCAAUCAAACCCAGAUCUGGGUUUUUCUCAAACCCAGAUCUGGGUUUUUCUCAAAUCCAGCUGUCCUAAGAAAUGGAUAAACUCGGUGUGUAAAAGCCGCCACCUGCACGACUCGCUGCACAAGCACAUGGUGGAUCUCGAAAUGAAUCUUCAGAUGGUCUCCGAAGAGAUUGCCGCCUCUCUCGAGGAGCAGAGCGCUUCCGCCCUUCUCUGCGUCCCUCGUGCCACCCGUGACGUCCUCCACCUCGUGCCACCAGCAAUUCCGUUGCUGGAAUCCUCGACAAGCUCAAGAAGGGUUAACACAAUGGAGAUUUGGGUUUUAGAUCUGGGUUCCAGCGAUGUGCAGGAUGAGAGAGGAGGAGAAAAACCUAGAUCUGGUUCUGGGAACCGGUACUUGGGAGUUUGGUACAAGAACAUCCCAGUCAGCACAGUUGUUUGGGUUGCAAACAGGGUGAAUCCAAUAAAUUACUCUUCUGGCAUGCUAAUGGGAACAUUGGUAGAGGGGCAAGAAAUAGCAGUUAAAAGGCUUUCAGAAAGUUCCGGACAAGGAAUGGUAGAGUUCAAAAAUGAAGUUAUACUGAUUGCCAAACUUCAACACCGUAAUCUUGUUAAGCUUCUUGGUUGUUGCAUUCAAGGAGAUGAAAAGAUGUUGAUCUACGAAUAUAUGCCCAACAAAAGUUUGGAUUGCUUUAUCUUUGAUCAAACGAAAAAGGCAUUGAUAGAUUGGCAGAGGCGGAUGCACAUCAUUGGUGGAAUUGCCCGAGGGCUUCUUUAUCUUCAUCAAGAUUCUAGAUUGAGGAUUAUCCAUAGGGAUCUCAAAGCUAGUAAUGUCCUAUUAGACAAAGAUAUGGACCCAAAAAUUUCGGAUUUUGGUUUGGCUAGAAUUGGUUAUAUGUCUCCUGAGUAUGCAAUAGAUGGACACUUCUCAAUAAAAUCUGAUGUCUUCAGCUUUGGUGUGAUAGUACUCAAGAUCAUAAGUGGGAAGAAGAACAGAGGAUUUCACCACCCGGAUCACAAUCAUAAUCUUCUUGGACAUGCAUGGAAACUAUGGAUGGAAGAAAGAGCAUUGGAAGUAAUGGACACUAUGGUAGGUAACUCUUGCACUGUUUCUAAGGUUCUACGCUACAUUCAUGUGGCUCUGCUAUGUGUUCAGAAACGACCAGAAGACAGGCCAGAUAUGUCAUCUGUGGUUCUAAUGUUGGGCAGUGAGAAUCCAUUGUCUCGACCAAAACUUCUUGGUUUUUACACCGAAAGGAAUCUACCAGAAGAAGAGGUUUCAUCAAGCCAGUAUGAACGUGUUUCAGUAAAUGAAGUAACAAUUUCAAAGUUGCAGGGGCGGUAGAGCAUCAUCACUUGAAAUAAAAAUGUUAAACAUAAAAGUGGAAGGCUAGUAUAUGUAAUGUAAUAGUAAACAUCCUGGAUAUCAUUUUCCUGGCAGUAAUGAGCUAAGAAAAUUGUGUAGCAUGU